CUCACCAAGUAGGACUCGGUUUCCCUCGUUCGUACCAAAGAGCCGUUCAAAAGAAUCGGCUCGUUCGCGACCGACACAUCACUCCUUUUUAUUACCGGACACCUCAUCUAGUGGAAAUAAUGUUUUCCUGUUACAUAUUUGUGGUGGUUUCUUUGAUUAACUUUCUGCCAGACUUCCACGUUUCCAGUUGUGAUCAAAACUGUGCAGAUAAACCUCGGUUCACUCCAUCCAGACUGGUGGUGCAGUUUGGGAAGCCGACCUCCGCACUCUGCUCCGUGUGUCAGCCUGGAUGCUAUGUCAGCUUAUUUGAUAUUGAAAGUCCUAUUGGAGCCUUGACAAAAAAUGGAACUGAGGUUACAUGGACGGUCGACGAAAUGACUGAGUGGAUCAAUUCUCUAUCGUGCUAUUAUACCAAUGACACUACUGGUGUGCAGUGUUGCAGCGACCUGCCUAUAACUGUCUACAAGCCUCCAGAUAAUGUUUCCUUCAGCGUUCACCCUGAUGUGCCGAUGUCUGAGGGUCAGCAGUAUACUCUGCAGUGUGAAGUACGGGAUGUUGCUCCUGUGGAAAACCUCAGAGUGACUUUCUACAGAGGACAGACGGCACUGGUUGAACUAAAGAGCAGCAAGAGGGAAAAAGACGAGCCGACACCAGUGAGUGAGGUCUUCACUUUGAACAUCACCUCCACUAAAGAAGAUGAUGGAGUCCAGUUCUGGUGUGAAGCAAAGCUGGAGCUGGGAGCUGAAGGACCACAGCCUCCUCCAGUGGUGGAGUCAGAGAAACUCACUGCUGCUGUCCACUAUAAGCCUCAGCUAGAGGCAUCCGUACCUCCGGAUCCGAUCAUCCUCACAGAAGGAAACCCUCUGACGCUGAACUGCUCGUCUGUGGGAAACCCCCCACCAUCGUAUACAUGGACGCCCUCGUCCCCGUCAAGAAUCACUUCCCCCUCCAGUGGCAGCGUCUUCUUCAUCAACUCUAUAACUCCUGAAGAUGAAGGGUUGUACACCUGUUACGUCAGCAAUGAAAAAGGAUCAAUCACUGUUCAGUUUGACGUGAAGGUCCAAGCCGACAACCUCAUACUCAUCGUAGGUGUGGUGGUAGCAGUUGUUCUUCUGGCUGUCAUUUUGGGGGUGGCUGUAUUCAUCAGAAAAGGCAUGUCCACACGGCGGCGUGAGGACGUGCCGUUAUAGACACACUGCUGAAUAAGUCUGCUGGAGACCAUGACAAAAUUGUAAAAAUGUUAAAACAAAAAAAGGUUUUAAGUUCAAUUUUGAAUGUUCCUCGUCUAAAUGGGCGACAUACAUGAAGGGCGAUCUGGGGGGGGGAAAAAACUUUUUUCAUCCUAAUUUUCGGCCUUCAUGUAACAAAAUUCAUAAAGUAAAUUUAACACCCUUUUCACCCCGGUUACACUUUUCAUUUGCCCUGUACGAUGGGCGCUCUAAGAGAUUAAAGUGGGGGG